CAUUACAAUCAAAGGAAAUAGAAGACGUUUUCAUACAUUUCUCAAGUUUCAAAAAUGGAGAAUAGGCUCAACCAAAGAAGAGUAUCAUUUUCUAGUCCACCACAAUCACAGCAGCAUACAAGAGACGAUGAGUUUGUAACUGCAAUAGCAGCUACUGCAUUUUCCAUUUAUUCAUUAGAAGAAGCAGGGAUUCUUGAUUUGAAGAAAGUAAGAGAUAGUCAAAAGUUUUCAAAGAACCUAACUAUAAGAGGAAAAGAGGAGAAUAUACCAAAGCAACCAAGUUAUGGUGAAACUUCAAUGAGAAGGCCAUUUAGACAAGAAACAAGGACACCAGAAGGUGCUUUACCUCUUAGAAGUUCAAGUGGUGCAUCCCCAACAGGAGGGUAUCAAAAUCAAAAAGGGAUUGUAUUACAUAACAAAAAUAACAAAGCAAAAGCAGAAGCUUGGGAAAAGGCUAAAAUGGAAAGAAUUCAAAAGAGAAAAUUCAGGUAUGAGAAGAUGAAGUCCCAAAUCCUUUCUUGGGAGGGUGAGAAAAGAGUUCAAGCAAAACAACAAAUGGAAAGGAAAAAGAAUGAAUUGGAUUACACAAGAGCAAAUGCAAUAGAACAUUACAAGAGAAAGAUAGCAAGGAUAGAUAUGAUUGGACAAAGAGCAAUUAAAGAGUUGGAAGACAACAGAAGAAAAGAAGAGUUAAAGGUUAAAGAAAAAGCUAACAAAAUUAGAAAAACAGGAAAGGUCCCUGUCACAUGUUUCUGUUUCAAGUCUUUAUAGGAUCAAGAACAAGAGUCAUCCAAUGAUGAUAUACACAACAAAUAUUAUUUGUCAAAUUGUUUUAUAUAGUAUUAAAGCUGCUAAAAUUGUAUAUUAAUUUCAACUUUAAUUGGUCUGGUUGUAAUACAUGUAUUGUUCAAUAAAAUGGCACUUUACAUCAUGCACUAAUUCACGUUAGUGUAGUGGAACAAUAAAAUUUAUGCUUUGGCCAUUAU